UAUAAACAGAAAAGAAGACCUCCGAUUAACUCUGUUGUUUACGAAUGAGACAAGAGGAAAACACAAUCAGCUGGAACCUUUCGCACGUGUCGGCAUUCGCUGUCUUUCUGGAGCUUAUCCGAGGAAAUUGAACUGAAGGUUCCUUAGAGUCCGCUUACCAGAAUUGUCAAGGCAGUAGACCUCUUUGGAACAUUCGCCAUACAUUGCUUUCAAUAAUUCCCCCUCGAUGGUUUCUCCUUCAAAACAUCACUUGCUUCAAAGAAGUUAUUGAUAAAUUGUACAGGGAAACAGACAUAAUGUUCAAGUUUGACUUUCAAGUUGAAGCUGAUGACACUCCGUUUGCUAUUAAAGAAGGAUUCAAUGACUCAAAAAGUCCAGCAGCGUAUGUCGACAAGGAGAGCUUUAAGGAGUGGUACGAAUCCGAAGAAAUAAAACCGUCGAAGGAAAUUUUGGAAAACAUCGAUGUUUGCAAGUUAAACGCUUUGAGCAAAGACUAUAAGGGCGUUUCGCUAUGUUAUAUGGUUUCAGGCUUUCUCUUGGAAGAUAUCAAGAAUAAUGCUGACGAUGUUACAGAUUAAAAGGCUGAAGAGAAUCAUUCGGAUCUCAUACCGGCGGUAUAUGAAGGCGGAGCCAAAAUAUGGGAAUGCACCGAAGAUCUGCUAAUGUACUUUGCCGAAAAUAUCCCCACCCUGGAAUGGAAUGAUAAAUAUGUAUUGGAUUUAGGCUGUGGUUCUGGACUUCUCGGCAUAUAUGCAUUCAACAAUGGAUCUAAUGUUACUUUUCAUGACUAUAACAAGGAUGUACUUGAAAAGAUUACAAUACCAAAUGUGCUUUUAAAUACAAGGGAAGAAUCUGAUGAAAAUGAGGAAGACAUAUAUAAUUUUGAUAAAUUAGUAGAGAAAACUCGUUAUUUCUCAGGUGAUUGGGAAAAAUGGUGCAGUUCUCCAAAAUGUGAUCAAUUGUAUGAUGUUAUUGUUACCUCCGAAACUAUUUAUAAUCCAGAGAAUCAACAAAAGUUGCUAAAUUGCCUACAUGCUAAACUAAAAGCGGACGGAAAGAUUUAUGUGGCAGCUAAGACGUACUAUUUUGGAGUAGGAGGAGGACUGCGUCAAUUUGAGCAGUUAAUUGAAAAGGACAAACGAUUUACAUUCAAAUCGCUAUGGUUAUCAACGGAAGGUGUAAAUAGAGAAAUAAUAGAAUUAAGAAAAAUUAAUUAAUACAAAAUAGAUGGAUACAUUGAAGUCUAUUAGUA